AUGGCCGGUCAUCGUAGCAAGAAGCGAAAGACGUCAGAAAAGGGAAAGAAGUCCGAGUCGAAACCCACUGAGUCCGUUCAGAAUAAUGAACCUGAAGUGAAAGGUCCGGGAGAAGUCAAACGUGUCCGAAUCAGGGACGAUGUUGAAUUUGAUCCUGCUGACUAUGAUGGACGAAUCGAACGAUACGAACAGCGGAUAAGAGAAGGACACUCGAAGGUGACAUAUACAGCGAUGAUAGAAAGUCUUGAAGCUGAAAAGAAAGCCCGAGCUGAAAUCAUGGCACAAUACCCUGGGAAAGACUGGGAUGUUAUUCAGCGCAUAGCAAUCUUGGAAGCGAUCGAAAACUACUUGGUGAAAGAAAAAGAUCCAUGUGGAGAGCUUAAGAAUGUCCGCGCAAUCAUUGAAGCUUAUAAGAAUGGCGAUUUGGAAUUGAAUGGCAAGGCUUCUUACUGGUGUCAAGGCAAAAUGAUUGGUGGUCCAUCGGUAUUCGCGUGGGAAGACUUUCGGAGACUCAAUACCGAGGAAAAUCGAGGAGAUGGAGGAUUUUGGGUAGAAGGGUACGACCUUUGUAUACGGCUUGAUCAGUCCCUCGGGGACGUUGCGGCCAAUGGAGCGCCAUUUCCCGAGAUGACCUUCAGAUUUGCCGAUGACACAGGUAGCUCAUCGAUGGUGAUCCGUGACGAAGACAUGAGGGCUUUGAUGGGACACGAUGCAGAACCAGAUAUGCCUGCCCCAAGGAACCACAUGAUGGGCUAUGAUUUCAUGACACUAGCAGAUGGUGUUGGAAUCGUACAUAAAACUGUCGCCAUGGAAGUUACUAUGGAGGGAAUUAACCAAACCACCGGAGCGUUUGAAGAGAUGGUAAACCCUUGGACAAGUAUCAGCUGUCUUGUAUUCGAUCGACCCAGGGGAAUGGAGCCAAGCAAUAGAUUGGCUGGUCCCUGGCCACGAGCGAUGCUCUACGUUGGAUCUGCACCCGAGUUUCCGGGCUAUUUCUAUGCCUCUACGACUAAAACUGGGUUGACAAGGGUGUUGCCAGUGGUUCCCCCGGAGGAACGACUCGAGCCUGAUUUUAAACGCCCACCAUUCCGUGUAAGAUGGGUAUGGGACGCGCAGAGGAAUAUGUGGGGUAUUCCCCCGGUUGUUCAAGAGUUGGGAGAGGUGCCACCUCACCAUCAAGACUAUCACAAUUAG